UACACCAAUCGUAUAGCGUGAGCAUUACCUCAUUGUGGCAUUACCAGUAGUGCGACCUGAAUCCUUCGGCCGUUCUGACAUCUCGAAUUCUAUUCUCGGCCACGAAAACCUCGAUUGUACAAUGGCAGUCCACAUUACCUACAGCAUCCUGAAAUGUCUCGUUCCACAAUGGAGCCAAUCAGACCAUGUCAUCACAAACAUGAUGCAUUGAUACGUCUUGGGCCGAGACAAAGUGGACUUUCGCUUCCCAGAGCUAGGAGAGGUGAAUGAAUCCUAUAAACAUUUCCACAACCAUACAAUCGCUUCUUCUUUAAAAAGACAGCGGUUUUUUCUACGCCGAACAAAUAAUGCCUAAUUAGUGCUCAUACCCGCUCCUCUUUUAUCCGAACCUUAAUCCAUUCUCUCUACUAUCUGCACCCUGAACAAUGUGGGCGGGAAAGCCAUAUACUGCUAUCUCACUCCUGGCAGGAGUGGGCCUGGGCUCACCGUCGAUCCGUGGCAAUGGUCUCACUGCACGGGCAACCACAAUUCCUCAGGGUGCAAAAUGGCAGAUCGAAAUUCAUGACCCGAUCGACUUCUCUGGCAGUGGCGCCAUCGAGCCCGCGGACGCCAAAGUCUGGACGCUAGAUCUGUGGGAGGCCAUUGGCGAGGACGAUGACGGUAAGACAGCCAUUCAGAAACUUCGGGAGCACAAUGGCGAUGAUAUCCUCAUAGUCUGCUACUUCAACGGUGGCGGCGUUCAGAUAUGGGAUGAUGAUUUCAACUCCUUCUCAGGCUACACAUACGGCGGCAUCGGCGACUGGGAGGGCGAGUACUAUGUGGACGUGUCAGCGCAGACCGUUGUCGAUCUCAUGGUCGCACGCAUCAGCAAGGGCAUUGCCGCUGGCUGCGAUGGUUUCGACCCAGACAAUGUCGACGCCUUCAGCCAGGAGCUUACCUCCAAGGACGGCGAAACCAAACUUGAUGAAAGCGCGUAUGUCACGUUCCUUGGCGAGCUGGCUAAGCCUAUUCAUGAGGCUGGAAAACUCCUGGGCCAGAAAAAUGCUGGCGAGCUGACAGAGGGCUUGCUGGCUGGCGGGAUAACGGAUUUUGCAGUCCUGGAAAGUUGUCUAGAGUAUGAUUUCUGUACGGACUUUGAAGAAGCGUACGCACAGCAGGGUAAGCCAGUCCUUCAGAUCGAGUAUCCCGCAAGUGUCCAAGCAUCGACCGAUGACGACGACACUGUUUGUCCCGUAAGCCCGGCAAGCGAUGCGGACUAUGAGAGCGUUUGUGGCAGUCCUUUCGGGGGGUUUUCGACCGUUAUCAAGCAGGAUGGUGGUGCUUGCGGCCUAAAUGGCUUCGUGCAGUACUGUGACGGUCAGGGUGUUGUCGUUACGCCCACUGAAUCGUAGUUAUGGCACUUCGUCUACCAAGUAUGAACUGUAGCUAAGCUAGAUAAGAUAUUCAACAUAAUAUGUCAUUGAUAUUGAAAGUCACAGGACACCUGUAGACACUUGAGCAUUAUAUGUUGUACUCAACUAAUGGAAGCAUUUGGGGGAGCAGAGUUCAGAGCAUAUGCGCGUAUCAAGAUCGC